AUGAAGUUCCUCAGCCUCCUCACUCUUGCUUCCUUCGCCACGGCUUCUCCUUUCCGUCGGCAACAAACCGUCACAGGAACCAUCAAGUCCUCGGUUGACACUCUAUCUGGCUCCUUUGUGGUAACUCUCAACGAGAUCAACGAUAAUGUCCUUCUUAUCAAGAACAACGUAGAUGCCCAAGUCAUCGUAGAAGCCCAAGCCCUUCUCAAGACCAAUUACGAAGCCAUCGCCCAAGGCCUUGCCACUUCCACAACCAGGAUUGUCAGCGUCACAACAGGAGCAGCUGGCGGUGUUGCAGGCCAAGCCAUCGGUCUCACCAACCAACAGAUCGUUACACUCACUGCCUCUAUUCUCGUUGUUAUCGACAUCGUUGAGAACAUCGGUGCCACCGUCUCCGUUACAGUCACAGACCUGACUCCUGCUCUGCGAGCUACAUUCCAGGCCGAGAUCAAUGCUGUCAAGGCUGCCUUGAACCCAUUCAUCAGUCCUGUUCUCCUCUUCGCAGCUGCUGUACGAGCUGCGAAUGCCGGCGGCAGUGCCACUAUCACUGGUCUCGACAAUGCCAUCGUCAACCUCAUCAGAGUCCAGAGCGAACUUGUGGCAUCCAUCGGCAUUGCUCCCAUCAACCUUUAA